ACGCCUCAAUGGAGUGGGCGCAUCCUACUGACGUCACUAAGUGGGCCGAUGCGCUGAAAAGAGUCGGUAGUUGUGAAGGGGCCCCAGGUGGGGCAAUUAUUAUAAGUGAAGCAAAAGGUGUUGGUCUCCAGGAAUAUGGCGGACCUCUUUUGGGUCUCCACCAGCAUUGUGAGCCUGGGGCAAUAAAGCUAGUCUGGAAGUAGAUCACCUCGUUAUGAGGAGGAAAGGUCUGCCUGUGGGAUACGUGGCAGGAGAACAUGCCUCAUGUGGCGAAGAAACCGUUGGUGUUUGUCCCAUCGCAGAUCGUGUUGAGGUGGACUCAGAACCAUGCGCGGACGCUGAAAUGCAGGCCGCCACAGAGCAUACAAGGAUGUUUAUAGACAUGAAAUGGGAAACUAGUGAAGAAGACUCUAAAACAGAUCCAUCAUCAGGACGUCUUUCAUUUCAUGCUAAGGAGGAAUCUUCUCCAUAUCGGGAGGCAGAUGUCUCUGACGGCGUUACAGAACACCUGCACACUAAUAAGAAAUUAAAUAUCAGUCACGUGUGUACAACAGCUGCUGUCUCCGUGGAACACGCCAAUAUUUACACUAAGGGGGAAGAUGUACGUGAAAAGGAAACUCGCAGUGAUGGCCAAGUACAUGCGUUUAAUGAACAAACACACUCAACGUGGGCUUCCACCGGUGAGCAACCCAACGAGACCAGUCUGAUGCAGGACGGUGACGCGGACCUCUGUAACCAUAAACCAUCCCACCAGAGAGUAUCCGAUACCUCCUCUCCACAUCAGGAGCGUUCUCACCAUGUUCAACAUCAGAACGUUCGUCUGGAUGGUACCGACCAAUCAGAGGGCAGUUCGGUAGAGAAGCCGCCAUUUACGUGUUCUGGGUGCGGGAAGUCGUAUAAAAAUAAAUUUCAGUUUAAUCUGCACCAGCGAAUACACGUUGGCGAUAAACCGUUCUCAUGCUCCGAUUGCGGGAAAUGUUUCGCCCGGAAGUCGGAGCUUGCCUCGCAUCAGAGGACACACACGGGGGAGAAGCCCUUUCCGUGCUCUGUGUGCGGGAAGCGAUUUGGUACGGUCUCGAGUGUAAUUGCACAUAGCAGGAUUCACACGGGCGAAAGGCCGUACGCCUGCUCCACGUGUGGGAAACGCUUCACCACCCAGUCCGGCGAGAAAGCGCAUCAGAAGGUCCACACGGGAGAGAAGCCAUUUGAAUGUUCAGACUGCGGGAAACGUUACGCCAAUCGUGGAUUGCUUAUGGUACACCAAAGAACUCACACCGGAGAGACGCCGUACUGCUGCGCCGUGUGCGGCAAGCGCUUCACCAACUUGUCGAGUGUUGCAGCUCAUAGGAAGGUCCACUCGGGAGAGAAGCCAUUCUCGUGCACUGAUUGCGGGAAGACCUUUGCUAUCAAAGGACAUCUCUAUGCUCACCAAAGGGUCCACACCGGCCAAAAGCCAUUUUCAUGUUCCGAGUGCGGUAAAUGUUUUGCUCAUGCGUCGGGCCUUACUGUCCAUCGAAAGUCUCACGUAGGAGAGCAGCCCUUCCCGUGCCCCGAAUGCGGGAAAUGUUUUCACAGCAACUCGAAUCUUCUUCGUCACCAGAGAAUACACACGGGGGAGAAGCCGUACUCUUGCUCCGAAUGCGCAAAGUCUUUUAACUGUAAGAGCAGUCUGGUUACCCAUCAGCGGAUCCACACGGGGGAGAAACCCUUCUCGUGUCCCGAGUGCGGGAAACGGUUUACGGAUCAGUCCGGCCUCGUCGCGCAUCAGAGGAUUCACACCGGGGAGAAACCUUUCUCUUGUGCUGCAUGCGGAAAGCGGUUUAGUAACCCUUCGGGUCUCCUUGGGCAUCAUAAAAUCCAUGCGAGAGACGAAGCAAUUAAUGAUCGCCUGACAAGUAACAUAGAAACAUAG